UUGGGGGGGGGGGAACUGGGAGCCACUGGGAGCCGCUGGGAGCCGCUGGGAGCCCCGAUGGCCGCGGAUCGCCUGGAGCCGCCGGGCGCUUUCGGGCCGCCGGUUCUCGUCCCCCCGUCGCACUUCCAGCCCCGCUCGGCCGCCGCCAGGCCCCUGCCCCCCUCGGGGGCGGAGCUAGAGGCUGAGAGGAGGCGGAGCCAAGGCCUGGAGGCGGAGCUAGAGGCCGAGAGGAGGCGGAGCCAAGGCCUGGAGGCGGAGCUUGAUGCAGAGAGGAGGCGGAGCCAAGGCCUGGAGGCGGAGCUAGAGGCCGAGAGGGGGCGGAGCCAAGGCCUAAGGGUGGAGCUGGAGGCGGAGCAGGGGCGGAGUCAAAGUCUGGAGGCGGAGCUUGCCACAGCAAGGAGGCGGAGCCAAGGCCUGGAGGCGGAGCUUGAGGCCGAGAGGAGACCCCCCCCGUGAGCCCCCUUUGCCCCCCCGUGUCCCCCCACGGCCCCCCCCUCGUGUUUCCCCUGUUGCCCCUGCCCCCCCCAUGACCCCCACAGCCCCCCCACGCCCCCCGUGUCCCCGCCCCCGCCCCCCCACGUCCCCCGUGCCCCCCCCGUGUGCCCCCCCAUGUGGCCCCCCGUCCCACCCGUGCCCCCCAAUGUCCCCCCCACGC